AUGGUGCUAGAAGUGUACCUCGAUCCAUGCACAAUCAAUUGCAGGAAGGUCCUUGCUGGCCUUGACCUCACGGGUACCGACCAUGAGGUCAAAAUGGUUGACUACUUCAAGGGCGAGCAGAAGUCAGACUGGUAUACGAAGAUCAACCCUUUUGCAACAGUACCAGCCGCAGUUGAUGGUGAUAUGGUCUUGACAGAAUCAAACGCUAUCCUACAGUACGGUGCUGAUGUUGGAAGUUCCAAAUCUGCAUAUCCUGCAGAUCUAAAGCAGCGUGCGAACGUCAAUCGAUGGCUUCUCUGGGAAACUUCAUCGUGGUUCCCAAGCUGUUACGUCUAUCUAGUUGAGUAUGUGGUGAAGCCACUUCUUAACGCUCAGCCAGACGAGCAGGUUAUCAAGAAAGAAGCGCCAAACUGGAACAAGCUCGCAGCAAUCUUGGACGAGCAACUUGGAAAGACCAAGUGGAUUGCUGGAGACAAUGUCACGAUUGCGGACAUUGCUAUUGCCAGCCCUAUGCAUCUUCACGAGGCCUCGAGAUUUCCACUUGACAAAUAUCCAAACUUGAAGCGAUGGAUGACUCAAGGUAUCGAGCAGCUCCCAGCUUGGCAGAAGACUCAAGGUGCCGUUGAAAAAGCUCUGCUUCCAGGUACGGCCUCUAAUGCAAACGGGUGCACAGCUAAUGGGGUUCAUAAGGGCGAAGUUAGGGCGACGUUCAAUUACACCAAAGACGUCCACCCCAAACUGACCGAGCUCUACUUCUACGACACUGAAACUGCCAAAGACAUUCAUGAGCCAGGCGAUUCUCCUCACGAAGUGACUGUUCAUGAUGGCUGGUCAAAGGUCAAAGAUUUCACAAUUGACAAGAACGGUUUCAGCGUGCAAGACUUCAAGACUUCUUUCGAGCAAUGGGAAGACGAAGACGCUUGCAAGAACAAGUUUUACCCUGAAGUCGUCGAGUUUCUAAAGCGUGAGCUAGGCGCAGUAAGAGUCCUCGUCUUUGACCACACAAUUAGGACACAGAAGAAUGUAGACAAGAAGCUUACGCAAGAAACAAACACAUCCCAAAGAGCUCCUGUCAUGCUCGUGCACUGUGACUACACUGCAGAGAGCGGACCCGUCAGAGUCCGCCAGCUCCUACCUGACGACGCAGAUGACCUCCUCUCCCGAAGGGUAGCGUUCAUCAACGUUUGGAAGCCCGUGCGAAACGUCGUUGAAGAACGACCACUUGCCAUGUGCGACGUCACUUCUUCCUCCUCCGAGGAUUUCUUUAAGCUCUACCUACGUUACCGUGAUCGCAACGGUGAGAACUAUGUCAUGAAGCAUUCCGACAACCAUAAGUGGUGGUAUUUUCCAAAGAUCUCUCCUGAACAAGUCAUCCUGCUCAAGACGUUUGAUAAUGCAACUGAUGGCAGGGCACGCUUUGUAGGUCACUCCGCCUUUGAGGAUCCUACUACACGAGAAGGAGCGCCUACUCGUGAGAGUGUGGAGAUCAGAACUAUUUGCUUCUUCUAG